AUAGAGUCUUUAUUGAGGAUAUCUCAAAGCGCGCCAUCAGGGACCAAGUCGGCGGAUUGUUGGGGGAAUCUGCGCUGCCGCUGCCGCCUUUUUCCUUCCUUCCCCCGCGGCGUGCAGAAUGCAAGGAGCCCGCAGUCCUCGUCAGAGUUGCCGGAGCGUGAGGACCCAGGAGACCCAGGUGUGAGUCUUCCCUCCCCCGCCCCGCUCCGCUCCAUCCCCAUGGCCAUGGUGCUGCUGCCCUGCCUCUUGCUCUCCCUGGACCUGCUGCUGAGGGCGGAGGCUGCCGUGCCCCUGCAGGACUUCUACCCCUUCGGUCUGGACCAGGGGGACUCUCAGACCGUGGCCCAGGACGACGGAGGCUCCGGGCUGGUGGAGAUCUCCGUGGCGUUCCCCUUCUUUGGAGACCGGCACUCGGGACUCUAUGUGAACAACAACGGCCUGGUCUCCUUCCUGAGGGAGGUGUCCCAGUUCACACCUGUGGCCUUCCCCAUCGCCGGCGACCGUAGGGCGGUGGCGCCCUUCUGGGCCGACGUGGACAACCGGCGGGCGGGGCGAGUCUUCUACAGGGAGAGUCGGGAGUCGUCCAUCUUGAGCAGGGCGGCCGCCCACGUCAGGAUCUACUUCCCAGACUUGUCCCACUUCAACGCCACCUGGGUCCUGGUCUGCACCUGGGACCGAGUCACCUUCUUUGGCGGCGGGGCGGACACGCCGGUAAACACUUUCCAGGCGGUCCUCAUCACAAACGGAGAUCUUUCCUUCACCAUAUUCCAGUACAACAACAUCACCUGGACUACCGGCAAGCACGCCAGCAGCGGCGGCGACCCAGCGGGCCUGGGAGGCAUCGCGGCGCAGGCAGGCUUCAACGCCGGCGACGGCCAGCGCUACUUCAACAUCCCCGGCUCCCGCACGGCCGACGUGGCCCACGUGGAAGGCACCACCAACGUGGGCUACCCGGGCCGCUGGGUCUUCCGCAUAGACGACGCCAACGUGGAGGUGGGCGGCUGCAACAACUCAGCCUCGGUGUGUCCACACCUGAGACCGUGCGUGAAUGGCGGCCAGUGCAUUGACGACUGCAUCCCGGGGAACCCCUCCUUCACCUGCUCCUGCUUGGCGGGCUUCACCGGCAGACGAUGUCACAUCGACGUGGACGAGUGCGCCUCGUCGCCCUGCAGGAACGGCGGAUCCUGCAAGGACCGGACCAACGGCUUCGCCUGUGGCUGUCCACCUGGCUACACCGGGGUCCUGUGUGAGACAGGCGUGGACGGGUGUGAGUCGCAGCCGUGUUUGAACGGAGGCCAGUGCGUCCGUCGGGCCGCAAACUUCACCUGCCUUUGUCCCGCCCCCUUCACCGGCCUCGUCUGCGAGUCAGAGCUGAUGGAGCUGCAGGUCAACUCCAGCCAGUCCCAGAACCAAACAGUGCCGUGCGGCGGCUGCGAGGAGUGGCAGACGUGCGAGCUGAGCAGCUCCGGGGCGUACCGCUGCACGUGCGGGCCAGGAUACUACGGAGACACCUGCCAAGAGGAGUGCCUCUGCCAGAACGGCGGCGUGUGCGUGGACAACAACGGGACGUGCGAGUGUCCCGCAUCCUACACUGGCCUCUACUGCCAGCUGGAGAUGACACAGACGCCGUGCGGCAACAACCGGCCGUGUCCUGACGGAGGUCCGUGUUUGGAGUACGGAGGAGCGUACCUGUGCACCUGUCAGACCAGCACCUCAGACCUGGACCACAGGGACCUGUACCCUUAUGUACAGCCCCGCUCGGUCUGCGACUCCACGCCGUGUCUGAACGGCGGCUUCUGCUACGAGCGCCAUGGCGGCUACACCUGCCAGUGCACGCACGGCCACUGGGGGAAGCACUGCGAGAAAGUGCGCCUCAACACCUGUGCGUCCGCUCCGUGUCGCAAUGGCGGCUCGUGCAGGGAGGAGGGGGGCAGCUACAGGUGCGUGUGUCCCUACAGGUUCACCGGCAGACAUUGUGAAGUAGGCAAGCCCGACCCGUGCUGGUCCGGCCCGUGUGAGAACGGCGGCACCUGCUUCCACUACAUCGGCAAGUACAAGUGCGAAUGUACCCACCUCUUCAGCGGCAGACACUGCGAGAUCAGCAGCGGCGCCGCGCACGCAGAGGUGGGCUGUGGGACACCUCCGCAGGUGAAGCACGCCGAGGUCCACUUCUCCUCCACCACGUCCGGCUCGGUGGCGGUUUACAUGUGCCAGGCGGGCUUUGUGGCCGUGCCCAGAGCCACUCACAGCAUCUGUGGAGUCCAAGGAGACUGGAGUCAGCCACCCGUCUGUGAGGAGAUGAACGAGUGUGUGUCACAGCCGUGCGUGAAUGGCGGCACGUGUCACGACCUGGAGGCGUCUUACCUGUGUGAGUGUGAGGACGGCUUCAGAGGCACACAAUGUCAGACAGACGUGGACGAGUGCGUGUCAGACCCCUGCAAGAACGGUGGAACGUGUGAGAACCUGCUGGGCUCCUACUUGUGUUACUGUCCGCCGGGCAUCAGAGGACACGACUGCCAGAAAGAGCAGGACCGCUGCGAGUCCAACCCCUGCCUAAACGGAGGUGUGUGUCGGGGCUCCAGGGGGUCCUACGUGUGCGCCUGCAAGGACGGCUUCUUCGGGGACCGCUGCCAAAUGUUGGACGACCCCUGCGUGCUGCAUCCCUGCGGGAGCCGAGGCGAGUGCCGGAGCGACAGGAGAGGGAACUACAAUUGUGUUUGCAGAGCAGGACACACUGGAAAAGACUGUGAGAAAGAUCUGCUGCCCCCUUCUGGCCUCCACGUGCAGCGCGUCGAGGAGAAGGAGGUGGAGCUGCGCUGGGACGCGCCCGAGGCCUCGCCCAGCCCGCUCAGCGGCUUCGUGGUCACGCACGCGCCUCAGGGCCGCAGCAAUCGCAAGGUGGACUUCCUGGACAGGUACCAGUCGUCUCACGUCCUGCGAGGUCUGCUGCCAGGCCUGCUCUACAACAUCUCCACCUACUCCAUCAAACGCAACACCAACAGCGACGACUUCAGCCAGCCCGCCACCGCACUCAUACGCACUCGGCCUCGGCGGGCGGAGCUUCUGCAGGUGGUGAACGUGUCGUCCUCUCAGGUGAGAGUGCGAUGGAUGGUGAAGAGCACUCGACACAGCAGGACCCUCCUCACCCUGUCACUCUCUGAUGGCUCUCAGCACCACUCUGCUCUGCUCAACUCCACCACCACCGACUACACCUUCAGUUCUUUGCUUCCUGCUCACAUGUACUCAGUGGACGUGUUGACUCAAAGUGGACUUGAUGACUUCCCCUCCACCAGUCACCCUGCAGGGCCUCUGCACUUCUGGACAAGGCCCCUCCCCCCACAGAACCUCUCCCUGUCCCAGGUGACCACCAACUGGGCUCAGGUCACGUGGAGUCCAGACCCGGGGCACCUGCCAGACGGCUUUGUGGUCAACGUGACCCGGGGUCUGACCACCAGGAGCCGCUUCCUGCCCGGCGGCCUGCUGGGGUCCUACACCCUGCGCGAGCUGACCCCGGGUCAGCACUACCGCCUGGCCCUCACCGCCGUCAAGACCACGGGACAGGAGCAGGUCCACAGCAAGCCUCAGCACCUGGACUUCACCACCUUGCCCAUGGAGGCCAGGUCUGCAAGGAGAGAGCGACCCGGCGGGACGGGACGAAGGCCCUCUGACACUCAGGAGCCGGUGGGCGGAGCAGAACCGAGGGAGGGGCCAAGGUACACAGAGCUCAUAGACAGGAGGAGGAAGAUCACCGCCAAGUUCUCACACUUGCCAAGAAAAGUCCUUCGACAUCGGAAGAAGCCCGAGCCGCUGGUUCGCUUGGAGAGGAUGGAGGAGACCAGCAACAAAGUCAGUCUGGCGCUGGAGGUCCGAGAGGAGGCUUCCAGACCCGAGCCUGAGUCGGCGCCGGACUGUCGCAGUCGGCCGUGUCUAAACGGCGGAACAUGCGGGAACGACUCGCUGCUCUGUCAGUGCACCGCCGGCUUUAAAGGCAGACAGUGUCAACUGUCGUGCCAGCGAGUGCCCCACCCGUGCACCCGCCUCUACUCGGAGACCAAGAGCGUGCCCGUGUGGGAGGGCGGCGUGUGCCACUACCUGUACAGGAGGACCUACAAGGUGCAGCAGGACGUCUGCUACAGAGAAAGCUGCCAGACCCCCGACACCGGUACAGCUCCGUGACGCCGCCACACUUACCCUCCUGGUGUUUUUGACGUACUUGAAGUGAGCGACGGUGCUCACGUUGAUGCUGCGGAACCCUGUCAGAACACACUGAAGAACCUUCCAGGCUGGAGGAAGAAGGACACUCAUGACUGGUCCACUGCACUUGUGAUGACACUUCAUCGUUUCAACAAGUCACAUGACUUCAUCCCCGCCUCCCUCUGACCAGUGUUUUCCCUGUAAAAUACUUUGUUUUGUUAUUAUUAUUAUGUAUUAGCAGGCGUCACUGCUCGUUAUGCUGUAAAUAGUGUUCAUAGGCCAUUUUG